CAGUCAAACAUCAUGAAAUUUUCAAGUAACAAAAACCUGGCACUUAUCAAAAUUACAGUGGACACAUGUUAAAAUAUGAAUACGCAAAAAAAUCAGAGAAAAAAUCAACCACACAAAGACCGGGGUGACACAAUGCGUAGAAACAAGAAAGAUGUUCACUCCUCCAUCCCUCGCGAUAGAGGGGACGUCAGGAAAAGUCUCAAGAAAGUAUCUAAGCAUGAAAUUAAAUCAUUAAUAGCAGAAAGCGUUCAAACGGAUCUCGUGUCGCGUUCCACGAACACUUUCGCAGAGUCUCUGCCUUUAUGCUUUGAGACUCAAAUAAGUGCGGAGGAGGGUUCGGUAAAGACUCUAGAUUUCCGAAAAAGAAUUAAGGACAGAUACACUUUUAAGCGGCAUCAGGUUUUGAAGAAUGAAGAUAUCUGUCAAUUUAAUAGUAUCCUGCAAUGUGAUGUCAGAAAUGCCCCGCCGAAACACGAUUAUGAGUAUGUCGAAAAACAUAAGUUGAAAGAUUUUCGAGAUGCCAAGAAAUCAGACAAGGCUUCGGUGCAUAGAGCUGUCAGUGCUAUCAAAUUCAAGCGCUCGUCCAAAGCAGAAGAGGCUGAGCGCAAAAAAAUGCCCCCCGAAACAGAGAAAAAUGUCACUAGAAAAGACAGAAAACCUGUCAUAAAAACUAUUACGUCGAAAACGGAUACGCGCGUGUAUAAGGCGGUCACUUUCGUGGACCAGACCGCAAGGAAACCGCUGCACAUAAAAAUACCAAAGGAAUUACAUAAACCAAAGUCAAAAAUACCUAGGAUUAUACCUAUCAUUAAGGGUAAAACGACUGAAAGCACCAAACGGCUGCGUAGGAGGACAGUGUCCCAGCGUUCGCCGUCCUUGAAAAGCGCGGAUUCCUUGCCCACCGAGAUAGCCAAGUGGGUGCCAGAGUCCGUGGACCCACACACGAAGCCCUACUACGACGCGUGGGUGAGCAAGACAGCCACGGCCUCCACGAAGCUGCUGAAGGAGGCCAGAAUUGAAAAGUCGAAGCUACUCGAUAGGUACAAGUUGGAGAUGAGGAUAUCGCCCGAGCUGGUCUACAAGAAGUUUGAAGAGGAAGAGUACGCGGGCCGGAUACGGGUACGGAGGCGCGGAGAAAAGUGAUUGUUCUGUCAUUGUGGCGUUUUGUAUAAAUAAGAGACGUUUUAUUCA